CGUGCGAUGACGAGGUCGAUCCAGCAAAGAUAAAAGAGGUGGCUCAAGCAGCUCAGCAGCCAAAGGACCAAAGGACCAAAGGUUGAGGGAAGAUGCAAGUCUUCUCGCACGUGACUCCCCACCUUCCAGCUGAUAGGAGUCGAACCUCUGUCCCUGCACAAAGCACAACGCAAAGCGAGAAAAGCGAAUGCAACUCAUCAGUAUACAGAAUUUUUCAAAGGUCCAAAGUCGAGUGACUUACAUACUUGACAAGAAUACCAGGUGUGCGCAGGGCAACGCCUAUCCCCGUCAGGGCAAGACUUUUGACCGUUUCCAUCGAAACCCUCCCAGAGGCUCCGAAAUUCUUCGGCCGCCAGAAACUGUCGGCACGCAAUGGAUCCUAAAUUUGGCGUGGAGCCCGGAACACAGCAGCAUACAAUCUCCUGCACUGAGUGUCAACGGCGAAAGCAAAAAUGCAGCCGCCAAUGGCCGUGCAAUCAUUGCCAGGCCCGCAAGGUUCCACACGUGUGCCAUUUUGCAUCCAAAAAGCCCGCAUUCGGUAGUGACGUGAAAAUAAGCAGUACGAAUGGGGGGAAGAAACGAAAGGAGCCUGAACAGGCCAUAUUUUCCUCGCCUCUUGAAAGACUAGAUGGUCAAUACUCUGCUGCGGAUGCCUUUAAAGCUUUCGGAUAUCUUCAAUCCGACGGAGAUCCCCUUGUGUUUGGUAUGCUAUCUGAGUACAAGGACGAGAAGCUUGAUAAAGAAAAUGAAAUUGCCACCAAGGAAGUGCCUCCACGGAUUUAUUGCGACGCGAUUGUUCAGAACUAUAUGGACGUCUGCAAUUAUUGGUAUUAUCCAAUUUAUCCUCCACAAUUUCUGGAGAGCUACAAUAGGUGGUGGGAGAACAGGGCGACAAGAAAGAAGAACAAGCCUGAGUUUACCUGCCUGCUGUUAAGAGUACUGUCAAAUUCUACUCAAUGUGUUCAUCCGGCGCUGCGAGUGAAGCUCGAGACUGAACUUGGCGAGAGUCUUCAAGAACUAACCCAGAAAUACCAUGAUGCUGCGGAGAGACUGAGUAACGUAAUCAAGCCUGGAGUUGGAGGGAUCGCACAAGUUCAACAGUUGUUUCUUACUGCUGUGUGGUUGAAAUCAGAAUGUUUGUUCAUUGAUGCAUGGCAUGCACUGGGUGAUGCCAUACGCUAUGCCCAAGAAGUCGGCAUUCAUAAUGAAGCAUUAUGGGACGGUCUGACAGAAUUUGAUUGCGAGAUUCGUCGAAGACUGUGGACAACUCUUUACAUCUGGGACCGCUUCAUGGGAAUGAUGCUCUCACGCCCGUUGCUGAUAAACGAUAGAUAUUGUUCUGUUAAGUACCCUAGCGUCAAUCUGGAAUACGACCCUGCGUACCCCGAUUUACCAUGCCCUCAUAAGCAUAUGGAACUUCAGCAAAGGUUGUGUCAAGCAGUCAUUGGAGAUUUUGAUGGAUCGAAACCCACGAUCUCUGUCGAUGAUGCAUUGACGGUGAUACGUGCUGUUAACCGAUGGCUGGAUACCCUACAUCCCGUGUAUCGACUGGUCGAUACAGACACGCGCUACGAUGCAACGCACAAAUACCUCAAGCUUCAACGUCUUCAGACAGUGUGCAUGGGCUACAGUUCCAUCGUUUCCGCGCUCAAGACUUUCCUCACCCAAACAAACAAACCCGAGCCCAAGCUUGACAGCAGAAUGCUGCAAGAGCUACAGGGAAUUGCAAUCGAAAAGUGUUUGCAGCUUAUGGACAUUGCACAACAGCUCGCAGACCUCUACAUUCCCGACUUCAAUAAAUAUUUUUUGAUCGUGUUCACGCCGUUCGAUACCUCUGCUCUGUUAUGCUCGGCCAUCAUACACGACACGAAACGCAUUUUACCACGUCGUAAUGAUAUAUUAAAGGGAAUCGCGCAGGGACUCUCCCUUCUUCGACGGCUUGCACAUAUCACCAAGACGGGAUCUGUGGCGGAGAGUGUGAUAACUUCCCUUGUAUUCAAGUUCAGUCUCACCCAAGAAGAGAACGCAAUCCUGUACAGCACGGCGCCUAGCGAGAGUCCGCCCGCGAAACGAAUAGCUUCCACGGCCAACUCGUACACAGCCAGCGAGCCCAACAGCACUCCUCCUUUGCCAAGCUUGAGUCCUGGCGAUAAAAAUACGACUACAUCGUCCGAGUCUACUCCAUCAGUGCCAAUGACCACUACUCAAUCUACGCCAGAUGACCCAACCAUCAUAGCAUCUGCUACGGUGCCAAACUCCAUAGCCGAAGGAGGCUACGCACAUCCUUCUUUCUCCACUGAGAUGACGGUGGAACAGAUGGCGAAUUUCGAUUUCGGCCCAUUGGGACCCGUUUUCGAUUGGUCGCAUGUGAACUUGUUUGAGGAGAAUCAACAUGCCUUCCAGUUUUGAUGGCCUUUCCUUUUUUUUUUUCAAAGAAAAAAAAAAUCCAAGAUUAUAGCUCUCAAAUCGAGACUGAUUUUGUGUCAUGCCCAUUGUAGUAAAGAUGUGUUUGAGUCUUUGCCGCGGGAAAUUGCAA